UGCUUUACUAUCUCAACAACGAUGGACGCCCUGAUUGCUAUUCUCCCAUAAAUGGACCAAGAAAGCUCUCAACACUCCGUGUGAUUUCCCCUUCUUCCCACCACUCAAACACAAAAAAAACGCCCCACACGAUGUCAUCCCAGCAGCAGCAGCCGCGCGACGGCGCAUCAAACCCCCCAACCAAACCGAUCUCCAUGGCCCUGGGCAGCAAAGGCAAAGCCGCCUCGGAAGCACCGAACGGCGCACCAAAAAAGACAGCCUUCAGCUUCCAGAGCAGUAGCAGAAGCGGCAGCAACACGCCGACGCCACGAGCGCCCGAACGAACACUUGCCCGCCGCCCGCAUCACGGCCUCCACGGCGGCGACUCCGACGAUGAUAAUGAUGACGAGGCGGCGCCCGUUCACCAGGAGGUCACGGGGUUUGACACCAUGACGGGUACUGCCAUCGCGGCCGACAAUUCACAUGAGAAACAGCCGCUGGUUAUCCCCGUGUCUAGCAACAAUAACUGGCGCGAUCGUCCCGGUGUGAACCUUGCACGGCCGAAGGGAAAGAAGAAUUUGCUUCCGAGGGAGGUGCAGGCUAUGCAGGAGGCGCAGAGGAGGGGGGCUGCGAAUGCUGGUAGUGGUGGGGAUGUCGAGACGGAGGGGCCGAGUAUGUCGUAUGGGCUGAGUCUCGCGCAGCCUACGGCGGGGCAGGAGGGUGACGAGUCUGGGGAUCGCUUGAUGACGGACGCAGAACCCGUUGACAGGGAGACACCGCAAGCAGCGAGGAAACCGCUCACGCAGGAUGAGGUGGCGCUGCAGGCGCUGAUUCGCGAGACUCAAGGCGAUGCGGGGGACGCCCGUCGAUCGGAUCUGGUGAUCGAGUCUACUGCUGGCGCCGACGGCCGAUACGACGAGACGACGUCGUUCAAGGCAGAUGUUGCAGCGCGACCCGAGCCAGCGUCUUUAGACCAAUACAACGCUAUCCCCGUCGAGGAUUUCGGCGCUGCCUUGCUGCGCGGGAUGGGCUGGAAGGAAGGCCAAGCGGUCGGACGCGGCAAGUACGGCAGCAACAACGCCAAAGCGGUGGGAGCCCCAAAGGUUCCUGAGCGACGGCCUGGGUUCCUGGGCAUCGGAGCUAAGGAUGCGUCUGGGGGUAAGGGGGCGGAGGCGGAGCUUGGGGCUUGGGGGAGGGCGGCUAUGCGCAAGGGGUCGAGGAAGUCUGGGAAGGAGGGCGAGCCGAAUACCGAGGGCGUCUAUAUGCCUGUUAUGAUGCGGAAUUCGAAAACGGGCGAGAUCAUCACGGAGGAGGAGUUAUCGGCUCUGCAGAAGGACUCGAAGACGAAGAAAACCGACGAUGACGAGUGGAAGGAACGACGGGAUCGGAAUCUUGAAAAGAGUGGCCGUGAUCGAGACCGCGACUCCCGACGACGCCGAGACGACGACUACGACGAUCGUUCAGAGAAAAAAUCAUCCCGACGAGACAGGAGCCGCUCAUCCAGUGACCGGCAUUCCCGACGACGGAAGUACGACGACGACGACGACGAUAGAUACUACCGAGAUCGAGAUGAUAAAGAUCGCGAGCGCCGUCGCGAGCGAGACCGUGACAGCGACAGGGACAGAGACAGGAGCCACCGCUACCGAGACGAUGACCGGUACAGUAGUUCGCGACACUCGUCGAAAGAGUCGAGUAGGCACGGACGAGAUCGAGAGCGGGAUCGGGAUCGUGGCAGUGACCGUGAUCGUGACUCUCAUCGGCGACGGAGAUAG